AUGAAUUCCCUGGUCAGCACCUCACACCUCCAGCUUGCUGCCUUUGCUCUGGGCACCAUAGGCUGGAUCCUGUGCACCGUUUCAAUGGGAAUUGUGGAAUGGAGAGUGUGGCAUGUGGACAACACCACUGUCAUCUCCUCUGGCAUUGCCUGGGUGGGGAUUUGGAAGGUCUGCUUCAUCAGUUACCUUUACGUCUCACCUGGCUACAGAGAACAGUUUUGCCAUAAAUUCAGUGGCUAUGACUCCUUCAUCCCCCAUGAAAUUUAUGCUGCUCAGGGUCUCCUGUUGAUUGCCAUGUUCAUGGGCUUGCUGGGACUGGCUGCUACAAUAUUUGCUCUGAGAAAUGUGUAUAUGGGAGUCACUCACAAACCUCUCAUAGCCCCAUUCUUCCUGGUGGGUGGCUUCUUCUACAUAUUUGCUGGUCUGUGUGUCCUGAUUCCCGUUAGCUGGAAUUUCUAUUCUAUAACUCACAACCAGAGCAUAGCUUUUCCUCCUUCUUACUACAUGCCCUCCAGUCCAGCGGCGCAGGAAGCUGGUGCUGCCAUUCCUGUUGGGAUUGUGGCUGUCAUCCUCCUGGUGCUAAGUGGGACAUUUUCUCUCUCAUACAGAUUUCCUAUGACUGCAAAUAUUAUCAUGAAAUCCUGA